AUGCCACUGUUGUUGAGCUUUACAGAGAAACAAGGUGGACAAAUUGGAAUUAGUCUUAUAGGAGAAUAUGUGGAGCCUUACUCAGAAUCAACAGAAGACAGAGCUGCAGUAAAGAGAAAUUUGGACUUUGAACUUGGAUGGUACACAGAGCCAUUGGUAUAUGGAGAUUAUCCAAAGAGCAUGAGUACAUUUGGUCAAGGAAAGGCUGCCCAUUUUCACCAAGGAAGAGAGGAGAUUGUUGAAGGAUUCCUUUGA